UUGUUGAACCAAGUCCUACUCCAGUCUCUACUCCUAAUUCUCUAGUUGUUGAACCAAGUCUUACACCCUCUUCUGCUGAUAUUUCCAGUUUGCCACUUAAUAAAUCAAAUAAACGGUCAUCAGUCACACCAUCUUUUGAUACUUCUGGUCCGCCAUCUAAUCCAAGAGAAAAAGGACAAAUCUGGGAUAGAAUCAUUUCUAUUAUUCAAAAUUCUGAUCUUGCAAGUUCAGCAUUAAAAAAUCGUACAAAGGCAUCAAUUCAGCAAAAAUGGGACUCACUACUUCAGAAAUAUCGUGAUAUAAAGGAUAGAAUUACAAGCACAGGUGAAGAAGCUGUUCAAAAUGACUGGGA